AUGAGCGACGGAAUACACAUACAGAAGACUGUAAAUGCCGGCCAUAUUGAAAUUGCCCAGCAGAUCAAUAAUCUCUACGAUACAGAUGGAAGAAAGGCCUCAUGUCUUGAAGAUCUCUAUAUAACGGACCCUGUUGCCGAUAAGAAACGCAUAGAAGCCGAUAAAGGCGGUCUGCUCAAAGAUUGUUACAGAUGGAUCAUAUACAAUGACAAUUUCUUGCAAUGGCGCUCCGAUCCAGAACAACAUUUACUCUGGAUCAGAGGCGACCCCGGAAAAGGCAAGACGAUGCUUCUAGCUGGGCUUAUCACAGAGCUAGAGGAAGCGUCAGACGCUGGUAUCUUUUACUUCUUCUGCCAAGCGACACAACCUCUUCUGCGAACCGCAUCGUAUGUGCUUCGCGGUCUUAUUUGGUCCAUCGUUUGCAAGCGACCGGCUUUAAUCUCCUACGUUCGCAAGGAAUACGACCAAGCUGGUAAAAGCGUGUUCAGUAACCACAACGCUUGGCAAGCGUUAUCCAGAAUUCUUACUGCGAUCCUCGAGGAUAGGGUAUCUGCGGAUUUUAUUAUCAUCGUUGAUGCUUUGGACGAGUGCACAGAAGGUCGCGAGAAGCUUAUUGGCUUCAUUAGCCAGUGUUCAGUUUCAAGCAAAGCCAAAUGGAUCAUCUCCAGCCGCAAUUGGCCUGACAUAGAAUCACAGCUUGAUGGAACACAAAGCCAAGUUCGAUUACACCUGGAACUCAACCACGCUUCAAUCUCCAAUGCAGUCCUUCGAUUCGUUAAUCGCAAGGUUGACCAGCUCAAUUCAACUUACGAUGAGUCUGCUCGAGUCCAGAUUCGCAACCAUCUUCUUGACAACGCUAAUGACACAUUUCUUUGGGUUGCUUUGGUAUUUCAAGAACUGGAAAAGCCCGGUGUUAAUAACUACCACGUUUCCAACAUCCUAAAACGCUUCCCAGCUGGGCUAAACGAGCUUUACGCAAGGAUGGUAUGCGACAUCAAAGAGCGAGAUAUGCACUGGUGUAGAGCUAUCCUUGCCGUGAUUGCUGUUGCUAUAAGACCCCUGAGUCUUCAGGAGCUAGCCGCGGCUGACGAAACCCUUACCGAGUGGGUUGAAGACGAAAAAGUUCUAUCAAACCUCGUUACAUCUUGUGGCUCUCUCUUGACCAUCAGAGAGCAUAGAGUCUACACUGUUCAUCAGUCGGUCAAUGACUUCUUGCGCAAUACACCCAAGGUCUUACCUGCAAGUAUAGGGCAACAACAUUACUCCAUCUUCAACUGCAGCAUGAAGGCCAUGCACAAUCGGCUUCAUCGAAAUCUCUGUGGAUUCAAAGACAGUUGUGUCUUGAUCGAUGAGAUGGAUAUUUUGCCCAGUGCUCCUCUAACUAUUGCUGGAUAUGCUUGUGUCUACUGGGUUGAUCACUUCUGUGCAUGGCUUCUGACCGACAAUCGACACCAAAACAGCUUGUGUUAUGAUAUAAUAACCAAAUUCGUUGAGACGAAGUACCUCUACUGGCUUGAGGCUAUGAGUCUUUUGCGUUGUACCUCAGAGGCAGUUAAGGCAAUGCAGAGACUGGAAGAUAAGUUGGGAGGCAGAGUUUCUGAAGAGUUAAGGCUUCUGGUCCAAGACGCUGUACGGUUCGCUUCCACGCACAGAGCCAUUAUGGAUGCUUCACCACUUCAACUCUAUGACUCGGCUUUGAUAUUCACUCCCCAACUCAGCAAGAUAAAGGGAUGUUUUAGUCAAGAAAUCAGCAAAUCUAUAGACGUAUUCUCCCCCGACUUCCAACAUUGGGACGCCUGCCUCCAUACUAUUCCGGGUAUAGAAAAUUAUCCCCACGGGAACUCGCUCAUGAUUGAAUUUUCACCUGAUGGUGGGCAGGUCGCAACACGUAAUAGCGACCACAGUAUACUCUUGAUUGACGCUUCCACCGGUGAGCUUAUCAAGUCGACUGAUACUCCUGGAGGAUACCUGCACGGGUUUACAUUCCAUCCAAGUGGAGAUUCAUUAGUCAUAUUAUCUAGCGACCCAGGAGAUGUACCGAAAAUCUCCGUCUUGCGUCUGCCUAAUGGGGAAUGCAGUAAAUCUUUUCCAGUUCAUAGAAUUAGCAUUCCAAGGUCUCUAUCGGUCUCUCCAGACGGACAAUUACUUGCAUUAGCAUCAGACUUCAACGACGUCGAUAUUUGGAAUAUAGCAACUGAAACAAAAAUUGACAGCUGCCUUAUGAAUCCACGGUCCAAUGUUAAAUACAUUGCUUGGAUACAUACACCUUCUCAUCCACAGGCUCUCUUGAUUCUUGGAGAUGCCGAUAUCUCCAUUUGGGGUCUUGAUGCGAGACAGCGAAUAUCCAAGCUAAUGUCGCUGGCGCGCAUGGGAAGGUUUUUUGACGUUGUCACGAUUAGCUGUGAUCGGACAUGCUGUGCUGUGUUCCAAAACAGCGAAGAGUUCCUAUUGUACUCGUGGGGGUCAUCCAUAACCGUGCAGAAGAUUGGGCGAUUCGACCAGCAAAAGGAUGUAUAUGAUGCAACAUGGGUAGGAGACAAUUCAGUAGCCAUUUGUGGCGACUUCGGCAUCGAAAUAUGGGAUACCGAAGCGAAGAGAAUGAUAGCGCAUCUACACGGCGAUCCUGCUACCGUAAUACGCUAUGGGAAGAAUUGUCAACUUGCUUCGCUUGGGCUUGAAAACCACACUCUCAAGAUCUGGAGCCUAGACACAAUCCUGAGCCAUUCAGAACCUACGACCCAACAGUCUGCCAGUGUAUUCAAGGGACUUAUCACAUCUCCAAGGGGUAAGGUCGCUGUCAUCAGUGAUAACGGAAACUUCGACAUGUUGAGCAUAGCAGUCGAUGGCAGAUUUCUCCAUCUCCCCCAGACACUUCAAAACUCGCUCCGGAGGUUGUAUUACAGAUUUGAGUCACUAGCAUUUGGUCAAGAUGACUACUUUGCCGUCCUCACCGACCGUGGUGCCAUUGAUAUUUUUAAUUUCGACCACGAUAGAGGCCUCUACUACCGCGAGCGACGGAUUGGAAAGCACCUUCACCUGGCUUUUAAACACGUUACGGAUUACGAUUUGAUCAUUCAGUUUUGGGGACAAGAUCAGAUCAUAUCUUGCAGUAAUAGCAUCAAGUUUUGGGAUCUUAAGACAGGCAAAUGCUUGCGGAAGGUAUCUAAUCCAAUGAAUCUUUAUGAGCCCAUAUCAACCAUUACAGCCGACGGCCGAAUCGCUGGGCGCGAACCUUUUUCUCAGGAAUUAGUGAUAUGGGACAUCAUGAGCGGAAAGAAAACCAAGUGCUUUGACUUAAAAGUUCUACAAUCCGAUCGUUUUAGUCUCAUAGAAGUUUCGGACAUUUCGCUCUCUUCUAGUGAUAUACUUGCGAUCUCUGCACGGGCUUCGAACCAGAGCUUUAUAGCCAUUGGAAACGCGAAAGAUGGCACCUGGAUUCGGAGUUACCUUCUGAAUGACACCCCUCCAAUUUUGAACUUUCUGACCCCUAAGCUACUCGAUACGGGUUUUGGCGUUCUCGGAUGCGACAUGGAACUCGGUUCUCAUAAUGAUAGUUCUCAGGACUCUGAGGGCGGUAGUUCCAAGGAUAUACCAACAGUGGACGCAGAAUAUCACUGGGAUCCGCGUUACCUCAGACUAUCCUACUCUAAAACCGAAGCGUGGCUCAUGAAGGGUUCUAGGAGAGUAUUGUGGAUUCCUCGUCAGGAUGUCGAUCCACGCCUGUUCUCGAUUCGCACAGACUUGGAGGCAGGCAAAUCAAAGGUAACACUGGUUCAUGAGAGGUGUUUGUUUAUAUUAACUAUCAAGAUGGAUUCGAUCUAA